AUGCCGGGCAGCAGCUUCCCCACGUUUCGAAAUAACGCCACGGAACCAGCAGAGAGAAAAAGGCAAUUUGGGACCUUUCUCGUCGCUCCUAACUCCUGCUGUGACACCGUUCCCCCCUUCCGAAAUCACUGCUGUCACGCCAAGUGCGGCGAGACGACCCCCAUUUCUCCGUCACAGCUCCGGCUGACCGGGCUCCACACCGAUCAGACCCUGAAGAAGGAAGGGCUGAUCUCUCAGGACGGCAGCAGCCUGGAAGCCCUGUUGAGGACCGACCCGUUGGAGAAACGUGCCCUCCCGGACCCCCGCAUCGACGACGACAGCCUGGGCGAGUUCCCCGUCACCAACAGCCGUGCGCGGAAGCGGAUUCUUGAGCCGGAUGACUUCCUGGACGAUUUGGACGACGAAGACUACGAAGAAGAUACGCCCAAGCGGAGAGGGAAGGGGAAAGCCAAGGUGAGGGCAGCCGGGUGGGUCUGGCUGGGUCCCGGCGUUGUUUUGCUCAGACUUUUCCCAUUUCUAUCCGUAGUCUGCGGGAAGCGAUACAAGAAUCGGCCGGGAUUGAGCUACCACUACGCUCACUCCCACCUGGCCGAGGAAGAAGGCGACGACAAGGACGAUUCGCAGCCCCCCACUCCCGUCUCGCAGCGAUCGGAGGAGCAGAAAUCCAAGAAAGGACCCGACGGCUUAGCUUUGCCCAACAACUACUGCGAUUUCUGCCUGGGAGACUCCAAAAUCAACAAGAAGACGGGGCAACCGGAGGAGUUGGUCUCGUGCUCGGACUGCGGGCGAUCAGGGCACCCCUCCUGCCUGCAGUUCACCCCGGUGAUGAUGGCGGCCGUCAAGACGUACCGCUGGCAAUGCAUCGAGUGCAAGUGCUGCAAUAUCUGCGGCACCUCCGAGAACGAC